GUAGCCGAUGCCUCCAUUCUGGCCAGCGGCCGAACCGAGGUUCAUUUGCUCCAUUGUUGAGCUAAUCUGUAAAGGAAGUUCUCUCCAUAUGCCUGCAAUUCAAGUUCGAGGCUUUUGACAUCAUCGAAAGCGCGUUUGCUGAAGGCAUUGCGCUCGAAGAUGUCAUCGAAGAAGAAAACACCACGAACCCUAAAAAUCAAGGGAAAGGGCAAAGUUCUUGUGCCGAAAUGGAAACUUUUCCGUGCCAAGGAGCCGUUACUUUCCGUAUUUAUGUGGGGAGUGAAUCACUCUAUAGGCCAGCUGGACCACGUGCCUCCACCGGGACUGCUUAUGCCUGACGAUUUCAAAGCGUAUACCAAAGUGAAAAUAGACAAUCAUUACUUCAACAAAGAUAUUAUGCCCAGUCAUUAUAAGGUAAAAGAGUAUUGUCCCAAUGUGUUCCGAAACCUACGAGAACAGUUUGGCGUUGACUCAACAGAAUAUCUACGAUCUUUGACCGCAUACGAGCCUGAGCCCGACCUGUUAGAUGGAUCAAAAACUGGUGCUCCUCCAAGAUUAUUCGUAUCUUAUGACAAAAAAUUCGUAAUUAAGUCUAUGGAUUCCGAGGCUGUCGCUGAAUUACAUUCAGUACUACGAGAUUACCAUGAGUAUGUUGUGGAAAAGUUAGGCAAGACGUUGUUGCCCCAAUACUUGGGUUUAUAUAGACUCACCAUCGAGGGUACCGAAACUUAUCUUAUAGUAAUGAGGAACGUUUUUGGACGAAAGUACAAUGUUCACACAAAGUUUGACCUCAAGGGUUCAACUGUGUCCCGCCUAGCAUCGGAAAAGGAGAAAAAUAGAGAGGUGCCUACACUCAAAGACAACGACUUCCUUGAAAUGAAUGAGAAGCUAAGCCUUCCUGAGGAGACUCGUCGUCAGUUAUUGGAAAUGUUAGCUGAUGACACUGCGUGGCUUUCCAAGAUGCAUCUUAUGGAUUACUCGUUGCUUUUAGGUAUUCAUGAUUGUGAGCGAGCUGCUGAAGAAGCUGCCAAGCGUCCAAUUGAGCAUACGAGCGAAGAAUCUGCCGACGAACUUUGUCCAACUCCACCUGAUUCUCCAAUACCGUCGACCGGCGCUUUCCCACCUCUCUCCGGCGGUCCGGAUUUGGAUGACGAGUACUACGCUAUCGCAAGCCAUCCUGACGCGCCAAAGAAACUGAUUUACUUUAUUGGACUUGUGGACAUUCUUACCUACUAUGGAGUGAAGAAGCGCACUGCCACAGCUGCGAAAACGGUCAAGUACGGAUCAGACGCAGAAAAUAUCAGCACUGUUAAACCGGACCAGUAUGCUCGGCGUCUUGUGGAUUUCGUGACGAAAGCGGUAACACCCGGAGCGUGAGCUCUCAUUCGAUUUGGAGCCGCAUAAGAGGUCAGCUCCCACUACACGACCUGCCUCACAGUCUGUUCUUCUAUGGUUGUUUCUACUCGUGUUCUGCUUAUCUGAUUCUUAUUCCAUUCGUAUUUAUAUAUUGUGUCUGUCUUAAAUUCCAGUGCUUUUGUGAUAGAGUGUUGCUUGCAAUUCUCUCUUUGCUGUGCAUUUGUUGCCAGUGGAGUAGACGUUUCUUCCUUAAUUUGAGGUCUGUAUUCUAUUCUCAUCCACCAUCGAGAGUAUUUCGAGACUUUUCAUCAAUUUGUAGCAAUCGCUGCUAAUUUUGUAAAUAUCUAUGCGUGGCAGCAAAGUUUCGCAGCAAGAAACUUAUUUAUUUUGACUCUAAGCUAACAUCCUUCGAUUUGCAUAUUUCCAAAGAUAGUAGGUAAUAACUUAGAACUUGGCAGUAAUGUUCGACGAUAAUUUAUGCUUCCUCCCGCAAGUUCACUCCUCAUUCACUAUUUGUUGUUAAAUCUAUUCAAUGGCCGAUUAAGGCUCAGAUCUUUGUGUUGGAUGUUAAUAUCGUGUAAGUUUUUGAAGUCAUAAUUUUUCUAAGCGGCCAAAAUUGUGCACUACAAUCCGAUAAUUUUUGUUUAAAACAUCUAAUCUGAAUUUCCGGUUGUUAUAAGACAUCAUUCUCUUGAUUUUGCGGUGCUGAAAUGAAAGAAUGUGUACUUUGGCCUGAGCAACGCUGCAACGGCUGCCCCCGCUUCGGCAAUGUCCUGAACGCCUGCUUUCCACUAGAAAUUUUUGUGUUGUAUAUGACUUUGUUAUGAAAAUCUUGAUAACACUUGCUAUGUUUAUUGUGUUGUAAUCGUGCGCUCCUUCAAUAAAAUUUUGUACACUGAUC